GCGCCAACCCGAUUCACAUCUCAGUCUCGUUUCCGUGUCUCAUCACAGCACACUCGAUAUUUUAAUCCUCGACGGACGUUCGUUCGCCCUGUGCGAUCUUGGUUGACGCAACAGAACUAUACCCCCACCAGUCUAUACACUCACUCACGCCCACGCGCUAAAGAUGCAUUUGUCAACCCACCUGAUGAUGUUGAUGUUGGCCGUCGUCGCUUGCCGAGCGGCUUUCAUCCCCAACAUGAUGUUUUCGUCUGGGCGUAACCGCCAGACUCAACAACAACAACCCAAAGCCUUCGCCCAACAACAUCAGCAACCGGCCUGGAGAGCCGCUGGCAACCCUCUCAGUCCCUGGGACGACGGAACGGAAACUUACGGUUACCUGGCCGACCGCCACCCCAACGCCAUGGACGAUUUGACGCCGUCCUACCAGCCGCAAGCCCAGCAACUGCCUCAGUCGCACCAGCCGCUCGUCUACGGAGUUCCGCAUCGCUACCUGAGCGAGCCUCUGCCAAACAGCUACCCGAUGGUGGCCAGUCCGACCGACGAGUUGUACAACAACGAACUUUACAACAACGCUCUGCUGAUGCGAGGACGAGGGCCUUUCAACUCGAUCAAACGAUCGUCGCUGGCCUCUUUCUACGACUCGUCCAUGGACGACGACAGCGUCAACUUUGACGACGGUCUCACGGCCAUGGCAUCCGACUAUUACGACCAGCCAAUCAGCCACCAGGACGUCGUCAACUUUGAAAAGUACGUCCAGCGGUACUUCCAGCAGCAGCCGAGCGAUGCCGAGAGCGAGGCCGAAGUGGACAGCCAAUACGGCGACUAUUGGAAUAACGGCGAGUCGGAAGACGCUGAGAGCGAGUCGGACAACAGCAACAACAGCAACAACAAUUACGACGUGGACAACGACGAAGAAGCUGCCAGACAGUUGCAUCUGCUUCUGAACCAGCAGAAGCAACAGCGUCGACCGAUAGCCCUGCGGGAAAUCCAAAAGAAAAGCGCCCCAUCGGCGGGCGCCCAGUCGGCGGUCAAGUCGACGCCCAGAACGGAGGCUCCCGUGACGACGGCGACGACAACGACGACGUCAUCGGCUACUUUGGCUCCCCAGAGUCAACAAGGGCAGAAAGAAGAGCCCUUGUUGAGACCGCCCACUCCACAAAGACAACCGCAGCCUCAGCAGCAGAUGUCGAGUACCACCACAACGACGAAAACUCCCACUCCAUCGGCAGCCAAAAAGGACGUCCAAGAGGAGGACGGCAACAUCUAUCACACGAUCCAGCGGCUCAUGAACAUGCGCAAUCGCCUCCAGAAAUCUCCCGGUGACGAUAUCGAGCGUGAUUGGGACGAUGAAAACAACAACCGAGCCAAACGUUUUGUGGCGCCUUCUCCUGAUUCGCUGCUCAACAAGCAGAUCCAUUCGUUAGAUAAGAUCAGAGCUUAAAUUGAGUUAGAGGAUCGCGAUCUCUAUCUGUCGGACAAAUCAACAAGACAAACUCGGUGAUAUUGGAACACAGGCAGCUCGGUUGAAUGAGCUCCGUUCUUUCAGUCAGGAAAAACAAAAACAAAAAAAGAAAAGAGAAGAGCCCGUCAGUUGGAUCAUGGAAAAGGAACAAGAAGGGAAUGCCUUUUCUUUUCCCCUUUUCACUCCACUGACGACCGCGAAUCACGUCUUCCUCUCCUCGGUCUACACACACACACACACACGCUCCCCCUUCUUAUUUCCCGACACCCACACACACACACAACACCCACACACUCCACAGCAUCGCCUACGCAUUUCCUAUAGAGGCACACACAGAGGCCUGGCCGUCAACGUGACACGCACGUCCGCCCUGCACCAGGUCGAAUAAGACAGAAAGAAAUAAAAAACAGGCCCCACACGUCGUUUUUCUUUGAAUGAAAUUGCCCAUGGGUCAAUCGUGUCCCGCAGUCCACCCACACACAUACAAGACUCACACGUUCGAUUGUGUUUAGUGCAACACAAGAUAUAUAUCACUGACGUUUCCUCAUAUGUGAACCAAUAUCCCCCCCCCCGAUAUCUUCUUAUACAUAUAUACAUAAAUAUAAUAUAUUAAAUGACUAUUACACGAACAAGUACAAUAUGACUAAUAUGGGGAAAAAAAGGGAAAUGAUAGAUUCUAUUGACAGUGUGUGACAAUUCAAAAAAGUUAUAUAUAUUUAUCUCUCGAUUUGUUGGUUGUAUCAAUUAUCGCUGUCCCACCUCAUCUUGUUUUCCGUUUUGAUCUCUUUCGAAGCUGAAACAUUCCUUGUGUAUACAUGUGUAAUCCAUUAUCUCCGGUGGUGGACGAUGGUGAUGGCAACGGGCGAGCAUUAUAUACCACCUUCUUCAGCAUUCCGUCUAUCUUUCUCUCUCUGUCUCUCUUAAUUCUCUCGUUGUCCGUCUAUUAGAUGUCCUAGGGCCUAUAACUAUACGGAAGAGUGCAACACUCUUUUUUGUGGAUUUCAUUCCUAUCAAUCUGAUUAUUAUUACUUUGCCCGUUUCGAUAUGAUCGAUCUCUCUCUUAUUUCUGUGUGUGUCCAUUCUUUGGUCCUACAUAUUAUGUUUCUGUUCAAUUUCCAUUAUUUAUUUUGAACUUUGCCAAGACCGCGCGCUUCCUCGGACGUGCGGUUAUAUCAGCACGGCGGCGGCAGUGAGUUGCUCUUGAACGCGGGAAAAGACAGAAAACGACUUGAUGAUAUUAUACAUAUUAUAUUUCUCUCAAUCCAUUCUACAUAUAGAUAUUAUAUUAUUCAUUAUAUAUAUUCUAUUCUAAAUGAUGUCUUUCGUCUCCACAGCAGAUACACCCACUACCAGAUCGGGACAAAAACUAUUAAAGACCCACCCAUACAUGAUUGUCCCUUCUCUCUCUUUCUCUUAUCUCUUGAUCUCUUAAUAUUUUAUUUCUCGAUUCAUCAACCUGUUACUUGCCUGGGCAUUUUUCUUAAUAAACUGAUACAUAAUCA